AGAGGAGGUCAGGUCCGUGAUUGGCUACGGAAGCUGAGAGGGGAGGUCAGUGAUUGGCUACGGAAGCCAGGAGAGGAGGUCAGUGAUUGGCUACGGAAGCCUGUAGAGUCUCUGCCAGCGCACAGUGACAUUGACCGGGUGAUUAUGCGGCUGUUCCCCGCGCUUCUCAUCUCUCACGGGAGAGUUUCCCGCCGUCUCGGCCUUGGGCCCCGCUCACGGCUGGAUAUGAUGCGGAACCUGGUGACAGCUCUGGUCAGACACGAGAGGAUAGAGACCACCUGGGUCCGGGCAGACGAGAUGAGGUUCUAUGCGGAAAAGAUCAUUGAUUACGCUAAGCGCGGUGACAGUGACAUGAAGGCCAUGCGCAUGGCUGACUUCUGGUUGACUGAAAAAGAUUUGAUUCACAAACUCUUCAAGAUGCUGGCUCCUCGGUUUGAGUCACACAGCAGCAAUUACACCAACAUGUAUCAGAUUCCGACUCGCCAGAACCUGGACCGUGCCAAGAUGGCUGUUAUCGAGUACAAAGGAAAUCCGUACCCCCCUCUAAUAACUCCGAAGAGGGACAAUGACAAGACAUUGCUAAACCAGCUUAUAAAGGGUUACAGGCUAGAAAAAGCCCGUGCCACAGCGUAACGAGGACUUAUUCAACAUAAACCGCUGCUUGUGAUAAUUUUGUAUUAAAGAAGUUUCAUCUCAAA